GAUCGUUUGAAUGAAACACUUGUCGUAGACAUGAACAAGCUUAUAAACAUUUCAAAACGUGCUGUCUAACGUCGUGGCAUGAAGUCACUUCUCCCCUCGAUGUUUUAACAGUGAAAGUUAUCCAGUAAUCUGUGACAGUGAGUGAACUUGACCUCAGUGUUGAUAAAGUGCCUCAGGCGCUGACUGGAUUCCACGCGCACCUGUUGACGCGACUCAAAACAAACCAGCCGCGCGAGACUCUGGAGACCGUUAUUUGCGACACGGAAUAGUUUAAAUCCCCCUUUCAACACUUAAAACUUUAGAUUUUGUCUCAUGAGAUACUGGAAAAUGAUCUCUUUCAGGACCCUACGACUGACUAAUGUCGGAGUUAUUGGCUUACUGGCGAAAGACAUCGCAAAAAGCAGCUCAGCGUGUCAGAAUGUGUCGCGGAGGUCGUUCAGUUUCUCUUCGCGGAUUCACGCGAGUCAAGAAUUUAUCGCUCCUGCAUCCGCGGAUCAACCUAAAUCGAAAAAACAAGAGACCAAUAAAGGUCUGUUCUCUGGACUAGAGGACAUGCUUUUCUACACUAUAACUGAAGGAGCAGAGAAAGUUCCUGUGUCUCAUUUCAUUGCUGCAGUAAAAAGCACCGGCCUUCUGACCUCUGACCCCAGAUUGCGCGACUGCAUGGAAAAGAUUCGCAAAGCUGUCCAGGAAUCAGCCGGUGAAGUCAUGAUGGACCGUGAGCUGUUCCGAAAGUGUGUGGGUGGCAACAUAGUUCUGCUGAGUCUCGCUUUCAGAGGGAAGUUUAUCAUUCCAGAAUUUGAGGCAUUUGUGGGUGUCAUAAAUGAUAUUUACGACACAUCAAAACUGCAACAUGAUGGACAGGUUGCAAAAUACAUUCCCCAUCUGACCAAGUUUAGUCCUGAUCUUUGGGGUGUUUCUCUCUGCACAGUGGAUGGACAAAGGCACUCAGUGGGAGACACAAAGGUGCCGUUCUGCUUGCAGUCGUGCGUAAAGCCGCUUGAAUACGCCAUCGCUGUACACGAACACGGCACGGAGCGUGUUCACCACUACGUCGGGAAGGAGCCCAGCGGAUUCAAAUUCAACAAACUCUCCCUAGAUGAAGAAAAUAAACCUCACAAUCCCAUGGUCAAUGCUGGAGCAAUUGUCAUCAGUUCACUUAUCAAGCCAGGUGUCAACAAGGCCGAGAAGUUUGACUAUGUGAUGGAGUUUGUGAAGAAAAUGACAGGCAGGGAGUAUGUGGGCUUCAGCAACGCAACGUUCCAGUCUGAGAAGGAGACAGGAGACAGAAACUACGCAAUAGGAUACUACCUAAAAGAGAAGAAAUGUUUUCCUGUAGGGGCGGAUAUGAUAAAUGCACUGGACUUUUAUUUCCAGUUGUGCGCCAUAGAGGUCACGUGCGAGUCUGGCAGUGUAAUGGCCGCCACACUGGCUAACGGAGGCAUCUGUCCAAUCACAGGAGAGAGAGUUCUGAGCACAGAAGCCAUACGAAACACGCUGAGUCUCAUGCACUCCUGCGGGAUGUACGACUACUCGGGACAGUUCGCUUUCCAUGUUGGAUUACCUGCUAAAUCUGGUGUGUCUGGUGCUGUUCUUCUGGUGGUGCCGAACGUGAUGGGUGUCAUGUGUUGGUCGCCCCCCGUGGACAAAGUUGGGAACAGCGUCCGUGGAAUUUGCUUCUGUCAGGAACUGGUGUCUUUGUUCAACUUCCACAAUUAUGACAAUCUGAGGCACUUUCUGAAGAAGCAGGACCCUCGCAGACAGUCUGGUGAUGACAGGAAUAAAUCGGUGGUGAAUCUGAUGUUUGCAGCCCACAGUGGAGAUGUCUCAGCUCUGAGAAGGUUUGCCCUUUCAUCUAUGGAUAUGGAGCUGAAGGACUACGACUCUCGUACACCACUUCACAUAGCUGCUGCAGAGGGUCACAUGGAUGUUGUGCUAUUUCUGACACAGUCCUGCAAAGUAAACCCUUUUGUGAAAGACCGGUGGGGAAAUAUUCCUCGGGAUGAUGCCAUGCAGUUCGGCCAUGAGGAUGUGGUGAAGGUCUUGGAAGAAUAUGAGCUAAACUACAGUCUGCAAACAUCUCAGACUGACACAGAAGACCAUAGUCAUCAAUCCAAAUGUUCAUCUCUGGAGGGAUGAGUGUAAUCUGCUGUGAAUUUAACCAACUUAAGGACUAUAGAUCAUGUCAUCAGAUAUUGUGAAAAUAAGGGCACUUAUAUGGAAAUGUCUCUGGACAGAGAUAAAAAGCUAAUUUUUUUAUUUUGAUGUGUAAAUAUGAAAUAUUUGUACAUAAUUUGUGUUAUAUAUUGUAGUUUGACAUAUCCUCUUAGAAACUGCCUUGGUUAUACAGUGUAGAGUGUACAGUAUUUGUGACUAAUAAACAAAACCAACCAUGCCA